AUGUUUUUCCUUCAGAGCCUCCAGGUAUUGGGAUUGUUGCUGUUGGCGCUCUCCUUACUGGUUGCAAAAGAGUUCGAGCAGUUCAUUGCCAAGUUUCAGAAGAUCCUUGGCUGCAAGACGGGGCUCUUCCAUCUUUGCCUGACAAGAUCGGAUAUGACCUACUCCACGGCCGCUGAGCGCGCGGCCCGCUUCGCCACGUUUGCCAAGAACUUCGCUCGCAUCGAGGCGCACAACGCCGAGGGCCACUCCUACAAGCUGGGCAUCAAUGAGUUCGCGGACAUGGAGCCGGAGGAGUUCGCUGCAAGCCAUUUCGGCUUGUCCGCCGAAAGCCGACCGUGGUCUGGGCUGCCUUACCUCGGCAGAGACCCGCAACAUGACAGCAGGAUACAGCAAGCUUGCCCACAGUUACUGUACAGCGGCUCGGCGUUGCCCAAGGACAUGGACUGGGUGAGCAAGGGCGCCGUGACCGACCCGAAGGAUCAGGGAAAGUGCGGGUCAUGUUGGUCUUUUUCCACAACCGGAGCUUUGGAGGGCGCGUGGCAAAUCGCCACUGGCAAGCUCGUCUCUUUGAGCGAACAGCAGCUGGUGGAUUGUGCGAAAAACGGCAACAUGGGCUGCAAUGGCGGCUCCAUGGAUCUGGCUUUUGAGUACUUGGAGAAGUACGACGUCUGUACGGAGGACAGCUACCCGUACCAGGCCAAGCAGGGCACCUGCAAGGAGACGAACUGCACGGUUGCAGUGCCAAAGGGCUCCAUUGUCGGUUUCAAGGAUGUCACGCCGGAGGACACAGACGCCCUGAUGGAAGCCGUCUCCCAGCAGCCGGUGUCUGUCGCCAUUGAGGCAGACCAGAUGGCCUUCCAGCUCUACAACGGCGGCAUUCUGACGAAGAAGUGCGGUGCCAAGCUGGACCACGGAGUGCUGGCGGUGGGCUACGGCACGGAGAACGGGGUUGACUACUGGAAGGUGAAGAACUCCUGGGGAGCCAGCUGGGGGGAGAACGGAUAUGUGCGAAUCGAGCGGGGUGUCCCCAAAGACGGCGAGUGCGGCAUCAAGGACCAGCCGUCCUAUCCCAUCGUGAAGGCCAAGGUGUCAGCUGAGUCUCCAGAGGCAGCGGCCUUCGCCCACUUCGUUAGCAAGUUCCGCAAGACCUACUCCACGGCCGCUGAGCGCGCGGCCCGUUUCGCCACGUUUGCCAAGAACUUCGCUCGCAUCGAGGCGCACAACGCCGAGGGCCACUCCUACAAGCUGGGCAUCAACGAGUUCGCGGACAUGGAGCCGGAGGAGUUCGCUGCAAGCCAUUUCGGCUUGUCCGCCGAAAGCCGACCGUGGUCUGGGCUGCCUUACCUCGGCAGAGACCCGUACAGCGGCUCGGCGUUGCCCAAGGACAUGGACUGGGUGAGCAAGGGCGCCGUGACCGACCCGAAGGAUCAGGGAAAGUGCGGGUCAUGUUGGUCUUUUUCCACAACCGGAGCUUUGGAGGGCGCGUGGCAAAUCGCCACUGGCAAGCUCGUCUCUUUGAGCGAACAGCAGCUGGUGGAUUGUGCGAAAAACGGCAACAUGGGCUGCAAUGGCGGCUCCAUGGAUCUAGCUUUUGAGUACUUGGAGAAGUACGACGUCUGUACGGAGGACAGCUACCCGUACCAGGCCAAGCAGGGCACCUGCAAGGAGACGAACUGCACGGUUGCAGUGCCAAAGGGCUCCAUUGUCGGUUUCAAGGACGUCACGCCGGAGGACACAAACGCCCUGAUGGAAGCCGUCUCCCAGCAGCCGGUGUCUGUCGCCAUUGAGGCAGACCAGAUGGCCUUCCAGCUCUACAACGGCGGCAUUCUGACGAAGACGUGCGGUGCCAAGCUGGACCACGGAGUGCUGGCGGUGGGCUAUGGCACGGAGAACGGGGUUGACUACUGGAAGGUGAAGAACUCCUGGGGAGCCAACUGGGGGGAGAGCGGAUACGUGCGAAUCGAGCGGGGUGUCCCCAAAGACGGCGAGUGUGGCAUCAAGGACCAGCCGUCCUAUCCCAUCGUGAAGGCCAAGGUACCCACAGCUCAAGCCAUUGUCAUUUGA